AUGUCUGAACACAGCAAAAAUUCUGAUCAAGAUGAAUCUCUCGGGGAGGAUAUUGAUGAAGAUGAAAUCCUGGCUAACCUGUCCCCCGAGGAACUCCGAGAACUUCAGUCAGAGAUGGAAGUCAUGGCUCCGGACCCCCGACUCCCGGUGGGAAUGAUUCAGAAAGAUCAGACGGAGAAGCCCCCCACUGGCAACUUUGAUCAUCGAUCUCUUGUCGAUUAUAUGUAUUGGCAGAAGGCAUCCAGGCGCAUGCUGGAGGAUGAGAGAGUCCCCAUCACCUUUGAAUCAUCUAAGGAAAACACCGCAGAUGUUCAUGAAGAAACAGACAAGGACAAUACACAUGCGCCCGGGGCUUUAAUGACAAAACUCAGUAAAGAAAAUGAGAAGAAGGAACCCAAGUCAAAUAACACCAAAAAGAUUCAAGAAAAAAAAGAUGAUGAUGGAAGUGAAGAGGAAGAUGAAGGUGAGGAGGAGGAGGAUGAAAGCGGUGAUGAAGAUGAUGAAAAUGAAGAUGCAGAGGAUGCGGGAGAAGAGGAGGACAGAAAAAUGAAAGAGGAGGAGGAAAAGAACGCCAGAGAAAAACAGAGAGAAGAAAAUAAAAACAGUUUAAAGUUACUGACAAAACUCUUCGCAGAGGCAAAAGAGAGCCCCAUAUCCCUAGAAAAAAGCGAAAACAAAAUCUCAAAAUUGGAUCCCAAGAAAUUGGCUCUGGAUACCAGUUUUAUGAAAGUGAGCGCCAGACCUUCGGGAAACCAGACGAAUCUUGAUGAAAGUUUGAGGCGAGUGCGCAAAAAUGAUCCGGAAAUGAAAGAACUCAAUCUGAAUAACAUUGAAAACAUCCCCAAAGAGAUGCUAUUGGACUUUGUUAAUGCCAUGAAGAAAAAUAAGCACAUCAAAACAUUUAGUUUAGCCAACGUGGGUGCGGAUGAGAGCGUCGCCUUCGCCUUGGCCAACAUGCUACGGGAAAAUAGAAGCAUCACUACUCUCAAUAUCGAGUCCAAUUUUAUUACGGGCAAAGGCAUUGUGGCCAUCAUGAGGUGUCUCCAGUUUAACGAAACAUUAACGGAGCUCCGCUUCCAUAACCAAAGGCACAUGCUGGGCCACCACGCAGAAAUGGAGAUAUCGAGGCUCCUGAAGGCCAACAGCACUCUCCUUAAGAUGGGCUACCAUUUUGAGCUUCCUGGUCCUAGGAUGGUGGUCACCAACUUGCUAACCAGAAAUCAAGAUAAACAAAGACAGAAAAGGCAAGAGGAACAAAAGCAACAGCAACUUCAAGAGCAGAAGAAGUUAAUAGCCAUGUUAGAGAAUGGCCUGGGGUUGCCUCCUGGGAUGUGGGAGAUGCUAGGAGGUCCAAUGCCAGAUCCCAGAAUGCAUGAGUUAUUGCAGGCUCCUCAAAUGCCCGGUUCCCAAAUGCCUCCGUUUGGCCUUAAUCGGAGAAAUGAAAUCAGCAAGAAGCCAGGUCCACCCAAACCAUACAGAACUGACCCAGACUCCUUCAAAGUGGUCAAACUGAAGAGAAUCCAGCGUAAAUCUCGAAUGCCGCCUGAAGCCCAAGAGCCGGCUGAAAAAACCAACCUCAAGGAUGUCAUCAAAACCCUCAAGCCUGUGCCUAGGAUUAGACCUCCACCUCUGGUGGAGAUCACGCCGCGAGACCAGCUUCUGAAUGACAUCCGACAUAGUAACGUGGCCUAUCUCAAACCUGUGAGUAUGAUCUGA